AUGUUAAAUAUGUGCCGUGAUGCUGAAAUGUAAGCCCAUGUGAGUGUGGGUCCUCAGUGUGGUCUGGCAGGUCCCGUGUCCUGGUGCUGAUCCGUCAGAGGCUGCGGCAGGAGGUGGGUGCAGGUCAGGACGCCCUGCGCACAAGGACUGCAAGUCCCAGAGAUCUCGGCUCCAUUCAACCUGGAACCAGCGGCUCGGAGAACAUGGCAGCGCCGUCCGCCAGCACAUGCGGGGCCGUGGAGCGGUCCAUCCGGGAGCGGGUCCCUCCUCUGCUCACAGACCUGUACCAGUUCACCAUGGCGUACGCGUACUGGCGCACGGGCCGGCACCGCGAGCCCGCCGUGUUCGAGCUCUUCUUCAGGGACAACCCGUUCGGCGGAGGCUUCUCUCUGUUCGCCGGGUUACACGACUGUCUUCUGUUCCUACGUAGCUUUCGAUUCACAGAUCAAGAUGUGGACUUCCUGCGCUCAGUCCUGCCUCCAGCCACCGACCCCGCCUUCUUCGAGUUCCUCCGAGGCCUGGACUGCUCGGGCGUCACACUCCGCUCUGUUCCAGAAGGCACAGUGGUGUUUGCCAGGGUGCCUCUGAUGGAGGUGGCAGGUCCGUUGGCUGUGGUUCAGCUACUGGAGACCAGUUUACUGUGUCUGGUCAACUACGCCAGUCUUGUGUGCAGUAACGCGGCCCGUUUCCGCCUGGCAGCUGGUCCCAGGAGGAGGCUGCUGGAGAUGGGCCUCCGCAGGGCACAGGGACCAGAUGGUGGACUCACUGCCUCUCGCUACACUUACAUCGGAGGGUUUGACCUCACCAGUAACGUUCAAGCUGGUUUCCUGUUUGGGACCCCUGUCGCAGGGACCAUGGCACACUCAUACGUCACCUCUUUUACCUCGCUUGAGGAGGUGUGGCCACAAACUCUUGUAGCGGCCAAUGGGGACCCUGACCCAGUCGACUUCAUUUCUCUGACAAAAGGCUGGUUGAGUCGGGUUUGUGAGCUGCUGGGAGCCGAGUCUGGGAAGAUCCGCGAGGGGGAACUGGCUGCCUUUCUGUCCUACGCCAUCGCCUACCCUCACAACUUCCUGCCUGUGAUUGACAGCUACAGUGUUGGCUGUAGCGGCUUAUUGAACUUCUGCGCUGUGGCUUUGGCGUUGUCUGAACUCGGCUACAGGCCCGUUGGAGUUCGUCUGGACAGCGGGGACCUCUGCAGUCAGUCAGUCGAUGUCCGUCGUGUCUUCAAACUCUGCAAUGAACAUUUCUCAGUUUCUACUUUUGAUUCUCUAAUUAUUGUUGGGACCAAUAACAUCUCAGAGCAAAGCAUGGCUGAGCUCAACAAGAAGGAGAAUGAGAUUGACGUGGUUGGAGUUGGAACACAUCUGGUAACCUGCACGAAGCAGCCAUCGCUGGGUUGUGUUUAUAAGCUGGUGGAGGUGAGAGGACGUCCUACGAUGAAGAUUAGCGAGGACCCACAGAAGAGCACCGUUCCUGGGAGGAAGGCAGUUUACCGACUAAUGGACACAGAGGGCCAUCCUUUCCUAGACCUGGUGUGUCUGGCCGUGGAGCCUCCUCCUCAGGUGGGCGUUCCCCUCAGCUAUCGUCUUCUGGGCGAUGACUCCGUCCACUCCGUCACUCCAGCUCAGGUCACUUGUCUGCGCCAGGAAGUGUUCACCAGAGGAGAGGUCACGCAUCCUCUGUGCAGCGCAAAAGAAACUAGAGCAAAGGUCCAAGUUUCCCUCCAGAGUCUGCACCCCCGACACAAGAGGCUGCAGGAUCCAGACUCUUACACAGUGGCGCUGUCAGAGAAAGUCCAUAAACUGGUUACAGAGAUCAGAAGAGGCAGCUCCAAUGACAGCAACUUUCUCUGGGCCAAUUAGAGAUUCACUCUUUAAACAUCGUUGUCAUGGUUUCAUGUCUUUUUGUUUUACAUUUUUCCAAAGUGCCUAAAAGUAAAGGUAGAUUAAUUUAUAAAGCUCUACAAAAAUUUAAAACAGUGUUAACAUUAUACUCAUAUAGAGGAUCACAGUAGUAUUUGUUGUGAGGGAGUCGUGUACGUUGAAAACUCCAACAGGGACACGUUGAAGAAAAUGAAACUACAGCUGCAUCGGUCUCAAAACUGGUUUCAAACCACUAACAAAACACACAAACACAGUCAGAUGCAUUUUCACAAACAAAAGAGACACCUCACUGCUUAAAGUACAGCUGAGAGUACUCUAAAACAGUUCUGGGUUUUCUUAAUUUGUUUACAACAGAAGUGACAGUUAAAGUUUAUUCUACUACUAGCAGUUUUUUUGGAUGGAAUUACAUAUAAACAGUUAAAAAUUCACUGAUAGGUCAGAGGUUCAUGUGAGUAAAGAAAUACAGUAAUACUUGUAAACACUGAGCUCUUUAUUUCAUUUCUUACUUUUGUGAGAAUACCACGAUCGCAUGUACAUGUGCAUAUGAAGACUUGCAAGAAAUAAGAAGUGAAGCUUUUUUUCUUAGCAUACAAGUGUAAUUUAAGACAACCAGUUCAUAAGCUGUAUUUCUGUUUCCAAUUACCAAAAAGAAACUGACCUCAGGGUUUGUACCUCCAUCCACAAGCAUGCUGUUUUAGUCUCUUCUGAGUUUUUUUGUGCUACUUCUGAGAUUUUAACUUCUUUGUACUACCUUGACAUAUUCUCUGUAUAGGGUUAUUCAUGAUUAUGUCAAAGCUGCAUUAAACAAUAAUUUUAUUUCACG